CGAGAUACAUCCGCCAUGAAGAGCUUGGCGAAGCGGGUGAAAAACUUUUUUAAAAAGGAAAAUUGUGGACAUACGUUGAAUUCCUCGCUGGAUUUACAAGACCCUUCUGACACAAUGUCUUCCUCGGGGGGUCGGGAAAAUCGCCCAAUCCCUAGCCUGCCCACCCCUAAAUGGCUCCAUCCCAGGCCAAGCCGCUUGUCGCAUCGCCACGCCGCCUGCUGGCUCCGGAAACACAAGGCCACAUUGGACAGCUUACUGAACGUACUAGAAACGUAUCCGUCAUUACUCUACCAGGAGACGUGCUGGAACCUAAGGCGCUUCGUGGAAUCACGUCAACUCGUCUGCCGCGGAUACCAAGCAGCAAAAUCGCCGAAUCGUCGCAUGGGAGCUCAAACGGAUACCACUUUACCAAAGAUUUUUGUUUCGCACGCGGACAAUGACGUCAUUGACAAGAACAAAACGAGCACUCGUCUGCCCAUCCGCAUCUGCGGGGACGUGGACAAUGACAAGUGGCACCGUUUGAUCGUGAACCUCAGUUGUAAAUUUUCCAUCAUAUGUCAUCCCGCAGGUGAUAUUAACGGUGCUUGUGCGAAUGAAAUCGACGAGCUGAAAAUGGGCGUGUUUGUCUUCCUUCUGGACAGUAAAUCAUUUGCCAGCGAGGAGUGUCGUAAGAUGCUGUCGAAGGCUAUAGCGGCAAAUAUGUCCAUUGUGUUUGUAAGGGACAUGGAAUUCGAGAUUAACGAGUCGGAGAAUGAAAGCGACGUUUUUAAGUAUACCGAGCACGAAAAUGACUUAAAAGAAACCUUUACUGAGGAAAAAACAUUCCCACUCGUACAAUCUGCUCGAUCGUCGCGACUUCGAACUAGCAAUCUUCUCUCCCCUGUAAUGGUAUUCAGUGCGGAACAACAGCGUCGAAAUGUUUCUACACUGCCUUAUGUAUCUCCUUCCGGUAGCCGCUCGCAAUCAUAUCCGGGCACGCCGGCGCCGGCAUCGAAUUGGGUCGCAUCUGAUCCAGAAAACAUUGAUAUCGACCAAGUACUCUGUGAAGAAUACGGGCUCGCUUUGACAUAUCAUCAAAUGUACCACGGCGCUUGCAUGAACCGAAUAAUAUCCGUCAUCGAAAGCAAAUUUCACAUGGGUCGGGAAUCUCGUGCGUCGGUGCAUUCGCAGUUCUCAGCUUACGCAAGCAGCGACUCCGCGUUCAGCGAAAGCUUCCAGUCUCCCGUAAUUUCACACGACGUCGAGAGGACCGGAAGAGCGCGCCCCGAGAGCGUCUCUUCGAUGGACUCCUGUGCAUCAGACACUGUCUACCUGGUGGCGCACGCUAACGGUGAACCGGUAGUCAUGCGCGUCAAGGACGCCGACAGCGCCACUGCACUUCCGGACUCCCCUUCCAUCGACUCGUUUGGGUUUCAAGAUGUCGACCUAAGCAAGAGAAUCAAUGAGCUGGACUUUUAUGAUGAAUCCGAAUUUUAAAGGAAACAAAACACUUAUUAACGUCGGCAUGACAGCGUGUCCUGUGUAUUUAUAAUUAAAUUAGACACAUACAUAACUGAUUUAUUUCUAUUUGAUAAUUUAAUUAUUUGUGUU